AUGAAGAACACAAAAGUUCACACCGUCUACAAGAUGAGGAAUCGGCUGAGCUCACGCCACACCUUACGUACGUCCCGAUCGGUUCGCGAUCGACAGUAUACGGUUUCGAAGCGAGACUCCACCGCGACGGAUUCUGUCCUGAAUUCGACGCCUUGCCUUUCGAGAGGAGCGAGCAACUCUCCCACCUCCCAACUUCUUCUUUGCCUCCUUCUUUACCUUCUUCGCUACCUUCACCACCUCCUUCUACUACUACUACCAACCACUACUACGUACUACCGAUAUCACGGACACUAUCGCCGGACGUAUUUCGUCUUGCUACCACCACCACCACAGCAGCCACCACUUCUUCGUCUUCUUCUGUUACCUGCGAGGAUGGCAGCCAGCCAGCUCAGCGAAGCAAGCAGCAAUGCAAGCAGGUACUUUUACUCAUAGGGAAGUUCUAGGGAUAUUAAACUCCACGAUUCUUAGACCGUGGAACGGGAACAUCCUGCUUUUCGACCUUCGUACUAAGGUCACGGACCGCGGUCGUUCCACAGUCUGCGUAAAGGUAAAACUAAUAUUUUCAAAAGUGGGGUUCUUGGUACCCCUUAAUACUUUUCAUGAGUUUUUUUUUUCGUGCAGAUAA